AAGAUUUUUGAAGACCCAAGGAAAGCUGUGUUGACCAAAAGCAAGACAAAUGACUCACAGAGACAAAAGAUGGUGGAGCCGAGGGCAAUUAAAGCUGCCUCAGGUUCUGAAUGGAUGGUAAAUGAGCUGGCCUACUGAAGGACAUGAUUCAGACUGUCCCGGACCCAGCAGCUUAUAUCAAGGAAGCGCUAUCAGUCGUGAGCGAGGACCAGUCUUUGUUCGAGUGCGCCUACGGAACGCCGCACCUGGCUAAGACGGACAUGACCGCGUCCUCCUCCGGCGACUAUGGACAGACAUCCAAGAUGAGCCCACGCGUCCCUCAGCAGGACUGGCUGUCUCAACCCCCGGCCAGGGUCACCAUCAAGAUGGAAUGUAACCCUAACCAGGUGAACGGCUCCAGGAACUCACCCGAUGAAUGCAGCAUGGCAAAAGGCGGGAAGAUGGUGGGCAGCCCAGACACUGUCGGGAUGAAUUAUGGCAGCUACCUGGAGGAGAAGCACAUGCCGCCACCAAACAUGACCACGAACGAGCGCAGAGUUAUCGUCCCAGCAGAUCCUACGCUAUGGAGCACGGACCAUGUCCGGCAGUGGCUGGAGUGGGCAGUGAAAGAAUACGGCCUCCCAGACGUCGACAUCUUAUUAUUCCAGAAUAUCGACGGGAAGGAACUGUGCAAGAUGACCAAAGACGACUUUCAGAGGCUCACCCCAAGCUACAAUGCUGACAUCCUUCUCUCGCAUCUCCACUACCUCAGAGAGACUCCUCUUCCACAUUUGACUUCAGAUGAUGUUGAUAAAGCCUUACAAAACUCUCCACGGUUAAUGCAUGCUAGAAACACAGGGGGUGCGGCUUUUAUUUUCCCCAAUACUUCAGUAUAUCCUGAAGCUACGCAAAGAAUUACAACUAGGCCAGAUUUACCUUAUGAACCACCCAGGAGAUCAGCCUGGACGGGUCACGGCCACCCCACCCCCCAGUCAAAAGCUGCUCAACCAUCUCCUUCCACAGUGCCCAAAACUGAAGACCAGCGUCCUCAGUUAGAUCCUUACCAGAUUCUUGGACCAACAAGUAGCCGCCUCGCAAAUCCAGGAAGUGGACAGAUCCAGCUCUGGCAGUUUCUCCUGGAGCUCCUGUCAGACAGCUCCAACUCCAACUGCAUCACCUGGGAAGGCACCAAUGGGGAAUUCAAGAUGACGGAUCCCGAUGAGGUCGCCCGGCGUUGGGGAGAACGGAAAAGCAAACCCAAUAUGAACUACGAUAAACUCAGCCGUGCCCUCCGUUACUACUAUGACAAAAAUAUCAUGACCAAAGUCCACGGGAAGCGCUACGCCUACAAGUUCGACUUCCAUGGAAUCGCCCAGGCCCUCCAGCCCCACCCUCCAGAAUCAUCUCUCUACAAGUACCCCUCGGACCUCCCUUACAUGGGCUCCUAUCACGCCCACCCCCAGAAGAUGAACUUUGUGGCCCCCCACCCUCCGGCCCUACCUGUGACGUCAUCCAGUUUUUUUGCUGCCCCGAACCCAUACUGGAAUUCGCCAACUGGAGGGAUCUACCCUAACACUAGGCUUCCAGCCAGCCAUAUGCCUUCUCACCUGGGCACUUACUACUAAAGACCUGAGGGAGGUCUUUCCCAACAGCACACGAUCACCGAUAACUUGCCACAAACUCUACUGGAGAACAUGACUCAAAAGUGCCUCAAGAGGAAUGGAAACGCUUGACUGGGGCUGGGGAAGGAAGCCAGGGAAGAGACCCAAAAACUCUUAGUGGGAGGGAAUUACUAAAAUAUCACCACAGAAAUAAAGAGGAUGCUGAAGAUGUAAUGUAUACGGACAUGUAAUCUGUGGACCAACCUUGUAAAAGACGUUGUAAGUAGAAGCAUGACGUCAUGAGGACAGAGUGCCAAAGAAAGUGUUCUUAAGAAGUGUAUAAACUUUAGAGCAGAGUUUGGGAUCCUGCAAAUGCAAACUGGGAUUAGACUAAACCCACAGAGAUAACACAGUCUUGACCUAACGUCCCAUGUAUAAUGUCAUUUUAAGGAAAACUACCUGUAUUUAAAAACAGAAACAUAUCAAAAACAAGAAAAGAAAAGAAAAAAGAGAAAGAUUGUGGCCCAUCAACGGACGUUGAUAUGGAACUUAUUGGCACUUGCUGUUUUGGGUGAAAUCAGAUUCAUUCCAUUUGAUGGAGAGCUACCAGCUCUCUCAAACUGUGAAGACAACCCAAAGUUUCCAACUCCUUUAUAGUAUUACAGGAACUGUGAGCCAAACGGGGGGACUGAGAACGUGUGCAGAGGGAGCAUGUGGUUGUGGACAGCGGGCUGGAGGAGGCGGAAGAGAAGGAAGCAGAGCAGGAGAAGCAAGUACUGGGAGAGAAGCUUUCUGAAGCAGCCAAGAGCGGACUUAGGACAGUAUUGGGACUGUGGAGGAUGAGUCAUGGAGAUUUGAGGUUACAGAAGGUCAGCGUUAUACCAAACCCAGUGUUAGGAGGAAGGACACAGCAUCAGGGAGGAAGGGGAAGUAGUGGAAUUCAGAAACAAAAAUAUGCAUCUCUUUUUUUUUUUGUUUGUCAAAAGAAAAUUUUAACUGGAAUUGUCUGAUAUUUAAAAGAAACAUUCAGGACCUCAUCAUGACGUGGGGGCUCUGUUCCCCACGGGGUCAGGUAAGAGAUGGCCUUCUCGGCCACCACAAUCCAAAAUCACCUAGGCAUUGGGGUUAGGCGGGCUCCAGUUUUCCUGUCGAGUCGCGAACGCUGUGCGUUUGUCAGAAUGAAGUAUACGAGUCAAUGUUUUUUUUUUUUUCCUUUUUAUAUAAUAAUUAUAUAACUUAUGCAUUUAUACACUACGAGUUGAUCUCGGCCAGCCAAAGAUACACGACAAAAGAGACAAUCAAUGAUAGAAUGUGGCCUUGAAUUUUAACUCUGUAUGCUUAAUGUUUACAAUAUGAAGUUAUUAGUUCUUAGAAUGCAGAAUGUAUGUAAUAAAAUAAGCUUGG